AUGGAUACCCAGACAAGAGACAUUAUUGAGAAAUCAUCAUGGGACACACGGACCGGAGACAUGGUUGAGGCAGCAUCUGUGGACACACAGACUGGAGACAUGGUUGAACCAGAGACAUGGUUGAGUAAGUAUAUGGGGACACACAGACCGGAGACAUGGCUGAGUAAGUAUAUGGGGACACAUGGACCGGAGACAUGGUUGAGUAAGUAUAUGGGGCCACACGGACCGGAGACAUGGUUGAGACAGCAUCUGUGGACACACAGACCGGAGACAUGGUUGAGUAAGUAUAUGGGGACACACAGACCAGAGACAUGGUUGAGUAAGUAUAUGGGGACACAAAGACCGGAGACAUGGUUUAGUAAGUAUAUGGGGACACACAGACCGGAGAAAGUGGUUGAGACAGCAUCUGUGGAUGCACAGACCGGAGACAUGGUUGCGGCAGCAUCCGGGACACAUAUAGCGGACACAUGUUGGAGGAAGUAUCUGGGGACACACAGACCGGAGACAUGGUUGAGGCAGCAUCUAUAUGCGACCGGGUUACGUAGAAGAAUACUUUGA